AUGAGAACGGGUCCCGGACAACACCUCCGGUUUCUGGGUUCAUUGGUUCCUCCGGCCAGUCACACCGGCACCGGACUGCCGAGCCGGGGUUUGCUGGCCCGCGGGCAGCCCCGAGCCGGCCUGCACCCGCUCCCGGACUCACCGCAUCCUUGGUGCGGGGGUCCCGCGCUGCAGCCGCUCCGGUGCCGCCGAGGCUUCAGGGGAAGCAGGGCCGCCCAGCCGCCGUGCGGGGAUGAUGGGGAGAGAUCGCGGACCCUCCGAGACACGGCACCGGCAGACCUGAAAGCAAAGCGGCGAGUCGGAACCGCACCACAGGCACUGGAGAUGGACUGGGCCAGCUGCCCUGCCACGGCGGCCUGCCGGUCCGGGCCUGGAGCGCUGCCCCGCUCCCCGCUCAAGGUGCUGAUGGAGGUGUAUGACCUGUCCAUGCUCAUCCUGUCCCAGCUGCCCCUGUCUGACCUCUGCCACUGCAGCCUGGUGUGCCUGGGCUGGCUCCAGCUGGUGCUGAGCCUGGACAGGACGCGGUGGCGGCUCCACCUGCACUGCCUGCAGCACUGGCACCCCAACUGGCCCAACCAGCCAGGCCUGGAGCCUCCCUCCUGGAGAGAGGCCUUCAGGCAGCGCUACCUGGCUUCCAAGACCUGGACCAAGAGCACCGAGGAGCCGGAGGUCUCCAGCUGCCUCUGCCUGUUCCGCAGGAUGAAGGGCUGGCGGUGGCUCUGCGUGGGUGCAGGGGGAGAGUUCUGCAGCCUGCGGGCAGCUGCUGCUGCCGGGCCCUACGACCGCCUGGAGCUGGUACUCGGUGUGCAGUCUGGGGAGCUGCUGCUGAAGGUGCCGCUGGAGCUGGUGGGGCAGGGCAGGCUGUAGGAGAUGGUGCUGCUGGCCAGCAUCGACCAGCACUGCCCCACGGCCCGGCUCUGCAACCUGGUCCUGGUGCUGGCCCGCUUCACAUCCCUGCUCUAUAAGAUGAGGCUGGGCAGGACUGGGGGGGUGGGGGGUUGGACAGCCUCAGGCUACGUCCAGUUCGACAACUGCACCUUUGAAAGCAGUCAGCUGCAGAUCCAGGCUCCAGGGACCUGCCAGGUGAAGUUCUGCUCCUUCAGCCAGUCCAGCAUCCCCCUGCGCAGCGUGAACCUCUGCCUGACGGAGAACUGCGAGUUCAGCACCAGCGACGGCACCUCGGUCACCAUGGAGGGCUGCCCCAGCCCCGACCAAAACUGGGCCUGCAGGCACCCAGCCCUGCUGACCACGUCCUGCCCAGCCCCCCUGCAGGACCCCAGCCCGCUGGUACUGCGGGAGGGUGGCUGGGGGGGAUCACCCCCGGUGCUGGUCAGAACCUGCCAGAUGGUGGUGGGGGAGAAAGGGAGCAGCCGCCUCGCUGCUGCGGGUGCUCAGUCCCAGCAGGGCUCAGCACAGGAACAGUUGGCCCAGUCUUUGGCCAGCGCUCUGCAAGGCUGCAUCAUCAGGGACAGGAAGGGAGGAACAUUCAUUUGUUCAGGAGGGCAAGAGAAGCUGGAGGGAAGCGUCUUCAGGGACCUGAGCUAUGCUGUGCACUGCAUACAGAGCAGUAAGGUCAUCAUGCUGAGGAAUGACACCCACCACUGCAAAGCCUCGGGGAUAUUCCUGCGCCUGAAUGCAGGCAACAACAUCCACUCCAACAGGGAGACUGGAGUGGACGUCCAUGAGGGAGCCAACCUCCUUGUUCUGUGCAGUAAGAUACACAGUGGCCUUCGCUCAGGCACUGUCGUUGGCAACAGAAAAGGCAUCAUCCGUAGCAAUCAGAUCUAUGGGAAUAAAGAAGCUGGCAUUUAUAUUCUGUAUAAUGGAAACCCUGCUGUGAGUGGGAACCAUAUUUUCCAGGGACUGGCUGCUGGAAUAGCAGUGAAUGAGGAUGGAAGAGGCCACAUCACAGGAAUGGAGAUGAAAGCAGAUGGAACAGAUGCUGUGUUGUGCUCUGCCAUCCCUGCUUUGCUCCCUCUCCAGAGGAUCAACCUCUUGGGAGCCUUCCUCAGGCUGCUCUGCAGCACCUGA